AUGGCCACGGCCCCGCCCUGCCCCGGGCAGGCUACGGGCGCCCGUCGCCCACGCCCCGCCGCGGCGCGCCUUGCCUCGCCGGCGCCGUGCCGUUGGCCACGCCUGGGCUCACCCCUGGUCACGCCCGCGACCACGCUCGCCGUGCCCCCCCCCGCGCGCUCGGGCUUCCCCGCUGCUCGCCUCGGGCCUCUGUCGCGGCACCUCCCAUGGUCGCCGCCCGGCUCCCCUCCGCCCCGCCGCGUUUGCUCCGGUCGGCCAUCCCCGCCGGGCCGCGCCGACUCCGCCCACCGUUGCCACGGCUCGCCCCCACCGCGCCUCGCCGGCGCGCGCUGGUCGUCCCCGUCGCUCCUCCCCGCGCUCGCUGCCCAGACCCCGCACCCCGACCGUGAGGACCCCCUCCCUCUCCUCUUCCCCACGCCCCGCCGGUGCGUGCCCGCACGCGCCCACCGUGGCCGCGUCCAGCCGCUGCGCUCGUCCCGCCUCCGCCCGCCGUGGCCCUCGUGCCCCGCCAUGGCCACGGCCCCGCCCUGCCCCGGGCAGGCUACGGGCGCCCGUCGCCCACGCCCCGCCGCGGCGCGCCUUGCCUCGCCGGCGCCGUGCCGUUGGCCGCGCCUGGGCUCGCCCCUGGUCACGCCCGCGACCACGCUCGCCGUGCCCCCCCCCCCCGCGCGCUCGGGCUUCCCCGCUGCUCGCCUCGGGCCUCUGUCGCGGCACCUCCCCUGGUCACCGCCCGGCUCGCCUCCGCCCCGCCGCGUUUGCUCCGGUCGGCCAUGCCCGCCGGGCCGCGCCGACUCCGCCCAUCGUUGCCACGACUCGCCCCCACCGCGCCUCGCCGGCGCGCGCUGGUGCGUCCCCUCGCCCGUGGCCUCGGGCAUGGGCGCCCACGGCCACGCCCGUAACCUCGCGCGCCCGCUAAGGCCCCUGGCCCAAUGA